AUGUAUUUACCUGAUACAAAAUGGCGAAAAUUAGCUUCGAUACAUACCAAUUCAUUUAAAGUUGAACCUAUUCAAUUUAUGACAGUUAAUUUACGUUUUAUGUUAAAUAAAUUUGAAAAAGAUGAUCCAUAUAAAUGUUUAGUAUAUGAAAUAUUAGAAUCUUUGAUGAUUCCACAACAUAUUCUUGCUCUAACAAGCAAUACAAUAUUAGGACUAUUAUGGCGUGUUGUAUGUAAACAAAAAAAAGAUCAUCGUACAGAUCAAUUAAUAAAAGCUUUAUCACAAACAUUAAAUACAAUGAGUUUGAAUCCAUCACUAUCAGCAGAUACUGCUAUAAUUCGAGCAUGGAUUGAAGAAAGUUACAAUUCUAAAGAAGAAAUUAUGGAUAGAAUUGCUGAAAUAAAAGAACAUGUACCAGCUAUUGUAUUAACAUUAGAUAAAAAAAUGACUCGAAAUGAAUUAUUAGAAAUUACUCGAUCAUGUAAUUCCGAUGUAUUACGAACAGUAAUGAAAUUAUUAAAUCAUCUAACAAUUGUUACAAAUAAAUCAAAUUUACCAGAAAAUUAUUUACCAUUAAAUCUUAAUGACAAUGAAAUAUUUGAAUUAUUACCACAUCUUUUAGCAGAAGGUCUCAAAUUUUCAUUACGUCCAGCUGCUAUUAUGGCUAUGUUAUGUGUUUUAUCAAAGAAUGCUAUAUUACAAGAACGAGCUAUACGUUUUUUAGUAGAAAUAAAAGACAAAUGGAUUGAUUUCGAAUUGCCAGAAAAUAAUGCUUAUGCAUUUAGUAAAAUUUGUGUUAAAUUACCAGAAUUUUUUACUGAAGAUGAAUAUUUGCAUCUGAAAAAACUACAUAUUCUAGGUGGAUUAAAAAUAAAUGCUGCUACACAUAUAACUAUUCAGCAACCAUUCAGUCCGAAAGUAAAAGAAAUUCAUCAUGACAUAAAAAUUCAAUGUAAAUCAUGUAACAUUAUUCGAUCGACUACAUUAUUUCCAGAUGUUGGUAAAAGUUGUUGUGCACUAUGUUUACCAAUUUAUAAUCUCAAAGAUAUACCUGAACCAUGUACUAAUGAUUAUUCACAUUUAGCUGAAUGUUCGAAAUGUGCUUGUUUAUAUGCAGUAGUUCAAUAUGAGAAGUUAGUGUUCUCAGCAGCCAAAUGUCAUUAUUGUCGAAAAGAAUCAAGAGUAGCACCAUAUCGUCGUUGUACUGGGUGUCAAAAUAAAUAUGUUCAUUAUGAUUCUACUGAAACAAAACCAAAUUUCGGAGAAGAAUACACAUUUAUUUGCGCUGAAUGUCAACAUGCUACAACUAGUAAAACUAUUGUGAAUGUUGAAAUUGAUAUUAGUACAUUAAUGGAUCAAAAUAAAAAACAAUUAUACAAAUAUCUAAACAUCAAAGUUAAAGAUGACACAAAUAUAUUUUCUAACGAAUUAUCAUUAUUUAAAUUAAAAGAUAUUAUUGAAAUAGAACAUACAAAAGACGUGAGUAUAUCAUCAUUACCAUUGAUUAAUCAUCAAAAACCAAUACUAAAUCCUACAGUUGUCUACGAUCAAAUCAUGACAUGGAUACAAAGUGGUCACUGUGAACGUGUUACUUGUUAUAUUUGUUGUAAUGAUGUGGCACGUGCUCAAAUCGAUGAUACAUGUGGGAAUAAAUUAUGUUGUGCUGAAGCUUGUACUGAAUGUUUAACAAGUUGGUAUCAAGAUGUAAAACCUGGUUGUAUUGUUUUAGUUACACAUUUAUUAUGUCCAUUUUGUAAACAUGCACCAAAUGGAAAAAUUCUUAAAAAAUAUAAUAAACAAGCAUGCACUAUAUUAAGAGCUGAUAAGAGAAAUGAUAUCGAUGAACAUUGGUAUUAUGCUUGGUGUAUUGAUUGCUAUAAAGUUAAAAAGGCACAAGAAAAAAUCUGUAGUGCCAAUGGUGAAAUUCCAAUGUUAACAAAUUUUAUGUGUGAUGAUUGUACUGAAAUUCGUAAAAAUUCUAAAACUAAAUCUAUUAAAUAUUGUCCAGGUUUAAAUGGAAAAAAUGAGAUAUGUGGUGUAGCAAUAAGUAAAAAAGAUGGUUGCAAUCAUAUUACAUGUACAGCAUGUUAUUCACAUUGGUGUUGGUUAUGUGUUAAAACAUAUGGUGAUCAUAUUUAUGAACAUCUCACAAAAGUACAUGAUAAUUAUGGUUUUGAAGAUAAUGAUGAAGUUUAUGAUUAA